GGGCGAUUCCCUGAGCAAAAGGUAAGAUGUGGGCAGGUCUCCACUGUCUUCCACCCCACAGUCUCGCCCCCUGGGGCCUGGACACCCCCCCUCCCGGCCGCUGGCAGGUGGACAGAGCCCACAGGCCUGCGCCCAUGCCACCAGCCCUCAUGGGGCCUGAGAAAGACCAGGCUCUCCUGUGGCAGGCGGCGGGGACUCUGCGUGGGGCCCUGCAGGCGUCACCAGAGAACUGUGGGCGGAAACUUCCCGAGGUUUGCUCUGCCUCUGGUUGAGGCUUCUCAGCUUCAGAUGCAAAGUCAGUGGGUGUCUCUGAGAAAGACAGAGGAGGAAAGAGAGCGACAGAGAGGUGUUCCCCGGGGUUCUGGAAACUAUAAAGAGAGAGCGGGCUCUCCUGCUCUCCAGCAGACAGCCGCGCCGGCCCGGCCUGGACACCUGCGCUGGGGGCCAGCCCGACCCACUGCCAUGCAGCAGCCCCUGGAUUACCCCCUGUACCCCCACAUCUGCUGGGUGGACGGCAGCGCCAGCUCCCCCUGGGCGCCUCCGGGCUCCGUCCUCCCGUGUCCGUCCUCUGUGCCCGGGAGGCCUGGGCCGAGGAGGCCGCCGCCACCACCGCCACCGCUGCCACCAUCGCCGCCCCUGCCGCCGGUGCCCCUGCCGCCUCUGAAGACGCCGAGGGACCACAACACAGGCCUGUGUCUCCUUGUGAUGUUUUUCAUGGUGCUGGUGGCCCUGGUUGGCCUGGGGCUGGGGCUGUUUCAGCUCUUCCACAUGCAGAAGGAGCUGGCGGAGCUCAGAGAGUCCACCAGCAAAAGUCAUACAGCAUCGUCUUUGGAGAAGCUAAUAGGUCAACCCAAUCUACCCUCUGAAAAAAGGGAGCUGAGAAAAGUGGCCCAUCUAACAGGCAAGCCCAACUCAAGAUCCAUCCCUCUGGAAUGGGAAGACACAUAUGGAAUUGCCCUUGUCUCUGGGGUGAAGUAUAAGAAGGGUGGCCUUGUGAUCAAUGAUACUGGGCUCUACUUUGUGUAUUCCAAAGUUUACUUCAGGGGUCAGUCCUGCAACAACCGGCCCCUGAAUCACAAGGUCUAUUUGAGGAACUCUAAGUAUCCCCAGGAUCUAGUGCUGAUGGAGGGGAAGUUAAUGAACUACUGCACUACUGGCCAGAUGUGGGCCCGCAGCAGCUACCUGGGGGCAGUAUUCAAUCUCACCAGUACUGACCAUUUAUAUGUCAAUGUGUCUGAACUAUCUCUGGUCAGUUUUGAGGAAUCUAAGACCUUUUUUGGCUUAUAUAAGCUCUAAGAAAAGCACUUUGGGAUUCUCUCCACAUGGUUCCUUAUUACAGGCCCUGAAAAUAUGGUCUUGAAUGACAGUCUUCUUAAGCCCACUUGAGAUCAAGUGAGAAGACAUGAGCCAAGAGUAUCUAGAGACCACAGGGUCCAGCAGAUCUACCGUUCCUCAUCUCAUGAGCCAGAUGGGAGGGGGAAUACGACGGAAGAACAUGAGACUUGGGGCUGCCGUGUGAAAUGCAGAGGCAGGAAGAAGCAGCCACCAGGGUGUUCUACACUCAUUUUAAGUGUCCACAAGCAUUUUAGCACAUUGAAAAGGACACCUGUUAACUCACCUCUUGGAGUGGGUCUACUAUCUACCUCGGGGUGGCUGUCUUUCAGAUAUGGAUGUGACAUGAGUGUACAAGGGACGGAAAAAGAGGACUAGGCUUGUGUGAUAAGCUAAAGAGACCGAAAGGCCAGUGUCCCAUUGGAAGCAUGUUAACUUCUGAAGGCAGAGCCUGAGCCACCAGGUGACGCUAACAGAGAAGCAAGGGGGAUCUUUGGGGAAGUUGCUCCAUUCCUCACGCAGCAUGUAUAUUUCCAGUGCAAUUUUAGGUGUGUGUGUGUGUGUGUGUGUGUGUGUGUGUGUGUG